CUAUUGCAGCUGGAAUUUUAAGAGAUGCCACAGCCAAAUGGUACGAUGAAAAUCAAGAGGAUGGCAUGCACAAGGAAAUCCUAAUAGCUUUAUGGAUGUCUGAGUUGGAAAUGAUUAAACAAAAUCCUGGACAAAGUGUAUCUGAUUAUACUCAAAAGUUCAAGAUGUUAAUGCAACGAGUUGAUACCACUGGAGGAUUUAGACAACAUUAUAUUGUUAGUAAAUUCGUUAGAGGAUUGUCACCCCAUUUAAUGAUCAUUGUAGUCGGCCAUAGCCCUCAAACUUUAGAUACAGCUAUCACUAAAGUUAAAGAAAUCAAAACUGGAUUUACUAUUGCUCAACCAAUCCAACAACAACAAAUAAUA